AUGGGGUGCGCGGCGUCAAGGCACGGGGCGGUGUCCUCGCCGUCGUACGACGUGUCGUCGUGCUCCUACAACAUGUCCCGCAGCGCUUCGGCGUCGGCGGACCUGGGGGGCUCCUCGUCGGCUCUGUCGAUAUGGAGCCGGCCGGUGCGGCUGGAGGCUUUCGACAACGACGACGACGACAACGAGCGGCGGCGGCGGUCGGGGAGGGAGGCCGCGGCGGUGGCAGUCACGACGACGGCGCGGCUGGGGAACGUCCGGCGGUGCGUGGAGGGCGAGCAGGCUGCGGCCGGGUGGCCGUCGUGGCUGAGCGCGGUGGCCGCCGAGGCCGUGCACGGGUGGGUGCCGCUCCGCGCCGAGAGCUUCGAGAAGCUGGAGAAGAUCGGGCAGGGCACGUACAGCAGCGUGUUCCGGGCGCGGGAGCUCGCCACGGGCCGCCUGGUGGCGCUCAAGAAGGUGCGCUUCGACAGCGUGGAGCCCGAGAGCGUGCGGUUCAUGGCGCGGGAGAUCCUCAUCCUCCGCCGCCUCCGUGGCCACCCCAACGUAGUCGGACUCGAGGGACUCAUCACCUCCCGCUCCUCCUCCUCCAUCUACCUCGUUUUCGAGUACCUCGAGCACGACCUCGCCGGCCUCAACUCCUCCCCCGACAUCACCUUCACCGAGCCCCAGAUCAAGUGCUACAUGCGGCAGCUGCUGGAGGGGCUGGCGCACUGCCACGCGCGCGGGGUGAUGCACCGGGACAUCAAGUGCGCCAACCUGCUGGUGAGCAACGGCGGCGAGCUCAAGGUGGCGGACUUCGGGCUGGCGAACCUCUUCGCGCCGGCGUCGGCGGCGCCGCUGACCAGCCGGGUGGUCACGCUCUGGUACCGCCCGCCGGAGCUGCUCCUGGGCGCCACGGCGUACGAGCCCUCCGUCGACCUCUGGAGCUCCGGCUGCGUCUUCGCGGAGAUGCACGCGCGCCGCCCCGUCCUGCAGGGACGCACCGAGGUGGAGCAGAUCCACAAGAUCUUCAAGCUCUGCGGCUCGCCGCCCGACGACUUCUGGCGCCGCUCGGGGAUCUCCACGCCGCCGUCUUCCGCCCGCAGCAACCGUACCCGAGCCGACUCCGGGACACCUUCGCCGCGUCCAUGCCCAGCCACGCGUUCCGCCUCCUCGCCACGCUCCUCUCCCUCGACCCCGCCGCCCGUGGCACCGCCGCCGCCGCCCUCGACGCCGAGGUACCAGGAGGAACUUUAUUUUGUGCAGCGCCUUCGUUCGCCGUGUGCCAGAAACUCCAUUCCAAACUGCUAA